AUGGCUUGUAAAGCAAAGCUUAUGAUUCCUGAGGAUGAGAAGUAUGAAGGAAAGCCAUUUGCCCUUUCACACGCAAGGACUGCCAUUACAACAAUAAAGGCGAAGUUCAAUACGCAGCAGUUACAGAGGUUCGAGGGGAGUUGUUUUGGUCAUCUAUUAUUGAUAGAGGACCUGAAGUGGAAUUCACAAAUUGUCCACGGGCUGUUGAUGAGGAAGGCUGAUCCUAAGACAGUUACACAGGUGAACGAGAUAAAAUUCAUUGUGGGUAACAAGUUGAUACAAUUCACAGCCCAACACUUUUGCCUUAUCACGGGGCUAAGGUUCAGAAAGCUCCAUUUCAUUCCGAAGGCGACAAAUGACAAUUGCUCCUUGAAGCGAAAAUACUUCAGCAGCAAUAAACCUGCCACCCUUUUGGACCUAUACACCGCCUUCAUCGAGUGCACAGAGGAUGACGAUGCGUUAAAGCUUGGAAUGGUCUAUUUUGCCAUUUUUGUGCUACUGGGUAUUGAAAAGCAUGUGCUUAUUGACAUGCGCUAUUUGAAGUUGGCCGAAGACUUAGAAGAGUUUGACAAGUAUCCAUGGGGCGCCGUGUCAUAUGCGAUGACAAAUGCUUCACUUUUGAGGGCAGUUUCUGCUUAUUACCAACGAGUGAAGGUGCCCCAAAACAGAAAAAAGUCCAACAAAAGUGGAAAGAGAGCACAGACAAGAAUGGAAUGCGGUAGACCAAGAGAGUACAUCAUAAGGGGGUUUGGCUUCGCUGUUCAGAUUUGGGCUUUUGAAGUCUUCCCAGCAUUGGAAGCAUUGCAUUUCACUGUCCAUGAAGACAAUAGGCACAUCCUCGAAUAUUACACUGGAGGAGCAACACGGUGGCCCGUUUUCGGGAGGUUGAUGUGCAACUUCUCCAGCCGACUGAUAUUGAGAAGCAACAACCUUACUGGAGUUAGGGUGAUGAUGAGAACAAUGAAGAAAUUGUUCAAUUGUUUGGGGAUGAGGGCGAAGACAAAACCAACACUUCUAGUGAAGAAAAAGAGGCGGAUGUUGAGGAAACAGCUACCCUUCCCUCCUCUUCUAAGAGAAUACGAUACGAGUGAAGUGGAAACAGGCAAAGGGUCUUUUAAUGACUUUGGCAGUUUGAAGCAUCAAUUAGAAAGCACUAAGGAUGAGUUGGCAAAGCUACGUAGUUCAAAUCAGGGGCUUAGGAACAGAGUUCGUCACUUGGAAGCUAUUGUAGACAAGAACUGUUUGAAGCAUGAGGAGUGUGAUAGAAAUAAAAAGGCUAUUCGGGAUUUGACCCUAACAAUUGCUUUAGUGGAACAUUAUUUUAAGUUGGAGAUGGAGGAGUGA